CAAGAAGCAAACGUUUCUAAAGGCCAUCGAGGAACACGACGUGACUCUGUUACUCGGCAGCACUGGUUGUGGCAAAAGCACGCAGUUGCCGCAAUUCCUGUAUGAAGCGGGUUAUGGAUCAUUCACGUUGGGUGGCGCGACGUCAUCCUCGGCUGGCAGCAGAGCCGGACCGCAGCCGGAAAACGAGCGACCCAUGAAAAUCGGCGUAGCAGUGACACGGCGUCUAGCGGCGUUGCAACUGUUUGAGCGCGUCGUGGAGGAGACCGCCAAGCCAGACCUAGUCGGGUACCACAUUCGCGGAGAGGCAUCACCAAGUCUGGAG